CUGGGACACAGUGGAGGUCUAGCUUGUGGUUUGCGGAGCGGUCGGGUGUAUUCUCCGCUCGCCCCCACGCCCUCGAGGCUCCCGCCGCCCGACCCAAAGGCGGACCCAGCCAGUGGCUUCCGCGGCGCCCUCCCGCACCGGAUCGCUCCUCCCUGGAGCGAGACCUGGCCCGACGGCUCCGGUCACUAUGAGUGAAACAUCUUUCAACCUAAUAUCAGAAAAAUGUGACAUUCUAUCAAUUCUUCGGGAUCAUCCUGAAAACAGGAUUUACCAGAGGAAAAUCCAGGAACUCAGCAAAAGGUUCACCGCGAUCCGCAAGACCAAGGGGGAUGGGAACUGCUUCUACCGGGCCUUGGGCUAUUCCUACCUGGAGUCCCUGCUGGGGAAGAGCAGGGAGGUCCUCAAGUUCAAAGAACGUGUCCUGCAGACCCCAAAUGACCUUCUGGCUGCUGGUUUUGAGGAGCACAAGUUCCGAAACUUCUUUAAUGCUUUUUACAGUGUGGUAGAGCUGGUAGAGAAGGACGGGUCAGUGUCCAGCCUGCUGAAGGUGUUCAACGACCAGAGCGCCUCGGACCAAAUCGUGCAGUUUUUGCGCCUGCUCACCUCAGCCUUCAUCAAGAACCGCGCGGAAUUCUUCCGACACUUCAUUGAUGAGGAGAUGGACAUCAAGGACUUCUGUACUCAUGAAGUGGAGCCCAUGGCCAUGGAGUGUGACCACAUCCAGAUCACAGCCCUGUCUCAGGCACUGAACAUCGCCCUGCAGGUGGAGUAUGUGGAUGAGAUGGACACGGCCCUGAACCACCACGUGUUCCCCGAGGCUGCCACCCCUUCCGUUUACCUGCUCUAUAAAACAUCCCACUACAACAUCCUUUAUGCAGCCGAUAAACAUUGAUUAAUUUUAGGCCAUGCAGUGGAGCCUGUCACCUAACGGGACUGCAUUCUAAAUGGAACAUUCUGGCUUUUCAAUUUUUUAAGCAACUUAAACUAUAGUUAGAAAAUGUACAGCCUUUUGGGCAAAGUCACUGGGAAGGAGGCCUACCCAUUAUGGACUGUGGUAACUUAGUGAUAUUGUUAGUAUUUAUUUUCAUGGAGGAUCAAAUGCUUUCUAACUCAGGGCUACAAAGCCAGAGAAAGAGUUAGAAAGCCAACUGCUCCCAGUUCCCUGAGACCCUGGGCAGGUCACCUCCCCUCUCUGGGCCCAUUUCUUCAUCUAGAGAAGAUUCCUGCCAGUGCUGACAUUCUGUUGUCAUAUAAAAAAUAGGGCCCUCUGGUUUCCUUUCUGUGCCUCUCUGCUGGGGAGGAAAAGCUCAAGGUCAGAGGUCUUCAGUGACUUCCCAGUUCUACAAAAAUAGAAUCCAGUCCAAUGAGCUGUUAGACUGGACUUUGGUAGAUGGCUGACGGAAGCACUGGCCAGUUGGCCAAUGUGAGGGCUUCAGCGUGGUUCCAAACAUUCACCAUGGGAGUGUUUUCUUACCCUAAGCUAAAGAGGAAAAAGAGACUUUUAUGCCAAAGUCUAAAAAGGGGCCUUCAGCAUAAAGCUUGGGUUGUUGUGGCCCUCUCUCCCUCUCUCAGGGCCAGACCUGCUUGCCUUUGGCAGGCGCUUCAGGAUUCUGCUGCUAGCCCCACCUGAACAGAGGCUCAAGAAAGGCUGGGGUCUGGGACCAGGAAGCUAUCUCUCCAUCCCCAACACAGCCUAGAAUGAGAAUCUAGGUAAUCCUCCAGGUGGAGACAACAGUACAUGCAGCCAGACUCCAGCUGCGCAGGGCAGACAAAUUUUGCAAGGUGGUGUGUGGCUUCUUUCCCGUUUCCCCCUUCUGCUCGGUUUUGUGGGCUGGCAGGAAGUUAGGUGGGAAAGAACAGAGACAAGCCCAGGAAACCGGCAGCAAGGGAGAUCUCUGUUGCAAAAACUGCUUAGAAGUCAAGAGCCCUGGCUGGCAGCCUCCUCGUUCAUCCACCUGGCCAUGCCCCUUCGUAACCUUGUCACCUUGCUGCCCCCAGGACCUUGAAGAGCCUUGGUUAUCUCGGGUACUGCUAGCAAGCUCUCUUCCUCUGUGGGAGGAAAUGGAGACUGUAGAAGUGUGGAACUGCCCAUGGGUGACUUCCCUAACCCAAGGCGUUUUCUCACAGGUUCCAUUCUGUGGGGAUUUAUGAGCAUCCACCCUGCAGGUCAGCUGCCAGCCAGGCUGUGUACAGGGACUGGGCAGCAGAUUGCUGAGGCCUUGUAUACAAACAGCAGAUUUGUAUCAUUCUUCUGCCUUUGUGAAGACAGACGUUAGGGUGCUUUAAUGCCAGGCAGGGACCCAGAUUCCCCUACUGCUCUCAGCUGGAGCUUAAACCCAAGGGCUCAUACGAAGUGAUCAUGUCACUUUUCCACAGGAAUGUAAACCUGACCUUGAUCUCUGAACUGGUGAUGUCCCACCCUGCUCUGGGUAGGAGUGCUAGGAUCUGUGACAAAUAUACUGGAAGAAGAGAGGAAAUGUUAUGUGACUUGUGACUAUCUCAAACCAAAGGGUAUGAACACAGCACUGGGCUGAAUGCCCGUGGCCACUCCGAGGGGCUGCAGGAUGGCCUGCGCCUCCGGCUGGGCUCUCACACACGCAUAAGCGGCAGCUGCCACUUCUUGGCAUGUCCACAAAAGCAGAGAUUUCGCUUUGGCAGCCUGGCUGGAGAAAUUCCCUCUCAGGCUUCCCAUGCUGUGCUUCCAGGUCUGAGAGCCCACCAGUGCUCAUAUGGGACCCUCUUCCAAGGACAGAUCCUAUCAGUUUAGAAUCAGAAUGCCACAGACAGGCAAAUUAUUCUCAUGUUCUUACAAUGUGCUUCCCCCUUUCCUCCACAAAACCACUGGUCCAUUCCAUGCUCUCUGCCUUCUCAUCUGCCCUCAGAUGGUCUGAGAGCAAGCACCAAUGCCGAAAAGGGAGUGGCAGACUUCAGGAACUUGUUUAAAUCCAGCCAUCUGGGGAGGUUAACUUUGCUUAUCUAUGGCAGCCAAUUAUGCUGGCAUUCACACUUCCUGGAUAAUUCUCUACCCACCUCACCAAGCCAUCUCUGUCCAGACCAAAAGGGGGCAGGAGAGUUGCUUUGACAGUCUGUCUUUAUAACUGCAUAUUUAUUAUUUUCCUUCCAAAGGGAACUUUAUAAAUGGGAAUGUUUAGCAACAAAAAGAACAAACUGUCCUUGCUUUUGACUGGGUUCCUAUUUUAUGCACAAAGGGGUUCUGGAGCCAGACCCGCCUGGGUCUGAAUCCUCCCUUUUCACUUACUAGCUCUUGACCAAGAACUUCACCUCUGAGCCCUAAUUCCCAUAUCAGUGAAAUGAAGACAAUACCUAUGCAGCACAAGGUCACUGGUUAAAGUGGAAUAAGAGUAUGUAUGAGAUCUGACAGCCAGUGCUCUACAAGCGAGGAAGCAGCAGAACAUUUGCUGCAAUGUGGGCAAACACCUCUUUGGCAGGGACUCUGGCUUCCCAAAUGGGGAAGUGUCAGGCGCCAUUAGACAAGUCUAAGAACCAUUCUCACACUGUGCAAAAUGGGGGCAGGAGCUGUGGCUCAGUGAGCAGCUGCCCAGGGUUGGGGCGGGGGGGGGCGGGGUGUGUGGGCAGGCCCUACAGCUUCUCCCGGCAGUUGGUGGAAACAUUUUCCUAGCAUUAAAAUGGUUUCCAUGACAACUUUUAUCCUGGUUUCUUAGUAUGUGGUAUCUGACAUGCACUAAAGAUCAACAUUCUCCCAUAGGGCUAUGUGUCUGAGUUGAUUAGCAGGAGAGAGCGGGUUCUCCUUUAAUGGAAGAUCCAUAUACUCAGCAAGUUCUGCCCUUGGGCUGGAGAUGCCAAGAAACUACAGGAUUCACCAAAGCUUUACGUCAUCAAGUCAAAGAACAGAACUGCCUGGGAUGCUAACCUUAUCUUUUAAAACCGACUCCCCUUAACAUACUACCCCACAAAAAAAAUAAAUAAAAAAUAAGAGCAUUUGCUGUUAAGGGACAGGGCAACAUGUCAACAGACAUCGGUGGGUCUGUUUGGCCUGUGACCAGUAGCCUCAGGCCUCUCAAGACUCAGGUGCCACCAAGUCUCCUUAGGGCUGCUCAAACCACCACUGUAUCAUGUGGAUAAUGGUGAGUCCCUUGCCAUCCUCCACCAACUGUCACCCAAGAACUGAUCUCACAGACUAGGAUUAUUUUCUACUGCAUUCUCCUCUCUGGGUCACUGGUGACCCUGGGGAGACAUUCCUUAACAACACUGCUGUCCUUUUAAGACUGAAGCAGUUUUCUGAACAUGCCCACAAGGAAAUACCCACGGUUUUAAUCCCAGGUCUGCCAUUCGGCCGCUCUGUGCUCUGAGCAAGUUUAAACCACUCAGUGUCGCCUUCUCAACUACGAAAAGGUAUUAAGACUUGCAUCUCAGAUGCUUGUUAGAAACCAAAUGAUAGGGAUGCCUGGGUGGCUCAGUUGGUUAAGGGUCUGCCUCUGGCUCAGGUCAUGAUCCCAGGGUCCCGGCAUUGAGUCCCGCAUCGGGCUCCCUGCUCGGCAGGGAGCCUUCUUCACCCUCUGCCUGCCCCUCCCUCUACUUGUACUCUCUAACAAAUAAUUAAAAUCUUAAAAAAGAAAACCAAAUGAUAAAGUAGAUGAAAGUGCCUAACAGUGCUUGGUACAGCACUCAAGGACACCUGACUCUGAGUUUAGUCCAGCUGUCCUACUGUAGUUACCCAGAGGGGCUGAGGGAACACUGCUGCCAUCCUGCCAACCUGUCAACCGUGAAACCGAGGGGACAUGUGUUUAGAAGUCCAGACGUAGCUGUGAAUAAAUCUAUGCUUCUCUGGCAAUUGUGGCUCCUCACCUAGACUAACCUAGAGAAAGCUGGGGGGGUGGGGCACACACACUAAGAAGUCACUGGUUCCCUCAGCACCUAUUAACAUCAUGCCCUGGCCUAAGCCAAGGGCUGCAAGGCAUAAUAAAGCAGCCUAUGCUGUCAAGGAGCUUAAAAGAGACAAUACGGUGUGCCUGGGCCAAGUGCUACUGAGAGGGUAAGCACGGCUACUAUGGACACUGCCCUCCUGGGGGCUCAGGGACCUAGAGAACACAUAGCCAUGCUCAAGGAUGGGGAAAAAGGCAAGCAGGUGGAGGGAAAAGCUUGUAUAAAGGCUCAGGACAAGAGAAAGGGCGCGUGGGACUGUGGGCAACAACCACUUCAGGACAGAGGAGGGGAGGGGAGACAAGGCUGGAGGGCCUCAGAAUGCCAGACUCUGCAUACCUGUUACUGGCUUCCCCACAAAUGGCUGUGAUGUUAAGGAAGCCUGUGUUUUCUUGGAACCCAAGGAUGGCAACCUCUUCCCUGCCCAUCCUGCAGUGUAGCUCAGAUAAGAGAAUGUGAAUGGUAGAGAGCUAAAGAGCU